AUGGACACCAUGCCCUACCAAUACCUCACCUUCAGCGAUCUCUACGAGGAGGAGGUGCGCUCGUCCGCACCGUCGUCGCCCGUCAUGGGGGCCACCGCCUCGCCAUCGCUCUCGCCCGUCUUCCUCCUGCCAACAGCACAUGCAGGCUCCACAUAUCGUCACAACCACGCCAGCUCUUCUCAUCAUCCCACCGCGUCGCGCUCGCAUUCGCAUUCGCGCCGCCGCGCCGAUGUGCACGGCCACGCCAUGCUUCAGACCCUGACGCAAGACUCGGACGACGUCGCCGCACCUAUCGCCGGCACAUCGCACUCGGCUGCUGCAUCUGCAUCCUCUGGGUCGCACUCGUCCUCUUCGCUCCACCUCGAUUUCCUCAAGGUGUUCAAGCGCAGGACCUCGCUCAACAAGCGCCGCAAGGACAGCCACACCGGCUCCGACUCGGCCUUCUCCACUCCGGCUAGCUCGCGUCGCUCCUCGUUCACCUCGCAUGGCUUUGCCUCGCUCCACCCGGUUUCGGCGGCUUCGUCCGCCAACACCUCGCCCGCCAUCUCGCGCCAGGUGACCAAGGUCUCGGACUACGAUGCCCUUGUUCAGCGCACUGCAAGGCAGGAGCACGACGAAGAGCUCCAGCGCCAAUCCGAGCUCCAGGCCUACUUCAACCAGGCCGCCGAGACCGGCCUCUCGCUCCGACGCUUCUGA